AUGGCUACAACUCUUAUCUUUGUCAUGGGACUCUGGAGCGGCCUGCUAUGGUCAACCACUGUAGCUCAAGCAAGUUGUGCUGCGAUAUGGGCACAAUGCGGGGGGAGCGGUUUCAGCGGUCCCUCCUGCUGUGAGACCGGUUCGACCUGUACGCAGCUUAACUCAUUCUACUCUCAGUGUACUCCAACAACCCAGAUUUCGUCUGCAUCGCCAACAGGGACAAAUCCUUCGUCCGUAACGUCUCUUGUUCCUUCUGGUUCAUCUUACACGAGCACAACUUCUCUAAGCACGGCAACAGCCACCCAAGUUCCAUAUCCAGCUGUAAACUCAAGUAGCUGCGGAGCAUGGGCCUUAGUGGAGAAUGUUUGCUGUCCAUAUUAUUGCACGUCUAACAACGAGUCCGAAUCCUGCACAAGUUCCUGUUCCGGGGGCUGUGGCUCUCCGGACGCUUCUAUGUGUAAAUCAGGGACUAUGUGGGGCGAACAAACUACCGUGGGUACUGAUGAAAGCUGGCACUACAGUCGCUCGACGCAUUUUGGCUUAACUAGUGGAGGGGCCUGCGGAUUUGGACUUUAUGGCCUUUGCACAAAGGGCAGUUCUACCGCGAACUGGACUGAUCCAAUGCUUGGUGAUACUUGUAACGCUUUCUGUACGGCAUAUCCACUACUUUGUCGCGAUCCAAGCAACGUGACGCUUCGGGGAAACUUUGCUGCCCCAAAUGGUGAUUACUACACACAAUUUUGGCCAUCGUUGGCGGCUGAGGGCAACCCGGAUAACUAUCUCUCCUGCGGCGAGUGCUUCGAGUUGAUUCGCACCAAGGCGGAUGGUACUGAUUAUACAGUGGGUGAGGAUGGGUAUACUGAUCCCAUCUAUCUAGAGAUUGUGGACAGUUGCCCAUGUAGUGCUAAUGCAAAGUGGUGUUGCGGAUCCGGUGCAGAUCACUGUGGGGAGAUCGAUUUCAAAUAUGGCUGUCCGAUACCAAAAGAUAGUCACCACAUGGAUCUUUCCGACAUUGCGAUGGGACGUCUUCAGGGAAAUGGAAGUCUGGCUGAUGGUGUUAUUCCUAUUCGUUACAAACGCGUUCCGUGCCCGAAGCCCGGAAACGUUUAUAUUUGGUUACGAGAUGGAGCUGGGCCAUAUUAUUUUUCGUUGUCCGCUGUGAACACGAAUGGUGUUGGCUCUGUAAUCAACGUUGAAGUACAGGGAUCUGGUCAGACUGGCUGGACAGCUCUCGAACGCGAUCCCAACUACUCAAGUAGCAGACCACAAGAAAGAUAUGGGGCAUGGGUUGUUCCGCAAGGCGCGGGACCCUUCAAUGUACCUAUUGGUAUCCGUAUCACAUCGCCUGAUGGACAACAGAUUGUCAAUACUGAAAUGAUCACAUCCUUCACAGCACCGGCUUCUGCACCAUCGGGAUUCUGGUAUAUUGAUAUGGGCGUCCAGUUUACAUGA